AUGACCAAAUUUCAUGUGGUUUUCAUCUCAACCCCUGGCAUCGGAAACCUAGUCCCACUCGUCGAGUUCGCUCAGCUCCUCGGCAAUCAUGACCGUCGGUUCCACGCCACCAUCCUCAUCAUCAACAUGUCCCAGCGGCCCAUUGUCAACACCUACAUCCAAUCUCGCGCUGCCACGUGCACGAACAUCCGCUUCCUCCACCUGCCUGCGGUGGACCCGCCCUCCCCUGAUCAGUACCGGUCCUCGAUGGGCUACAUAUCCCUGCUCAUACAAAACCACAAAACCCACGUGAAGAAUGCCCUCACCAACCUCGUGUCGCCCGAGUCAGACGAGUUUAACUCGGGCCGAGUUGCUGGGCUAUUCGUGGACAUGUUUUGUACAUCCAUGAUUGAUGUUGCUAACGAGCUUGACAUUCCUUGUUACCUCUUUUUCGCUUCCCCAGCAACAUUUCUCAGCUUCAUGCUUCACCUUCCUACCUUGGAUGCCCAAAUCCCCACUGAGUUUGGUGACUCGGACACCGAGUUGAGCAUACCGGGUUUCGCUAACUCGGUGCCCCCACUCGUUUUGCCUACAGCGGUGCUGAAUAAGAAGGGGGAUGCGUACUAUUGGUAUUUAUCCCAUGCACGAAGGUACACCGAAACAAAAGGUAUUGUCGUGAAUACGUUUGGGGAAUUGGAGCCACAUGCUCUUAGUUCAUUGGCUAUGAGUCCGAUGCCGCGGGUCUACCCGAUUGGGCCAGUUCUUGAUCUUAACGGGCCGGCCCAAUGGCAUGACCCAACCCGGUAUGAAAGGGUCAUGAGAUGGCUCGAUGACCAGCCCACAUCAUCGGUCGUGUUGUUAAGCUUUGGAAGCAUGGGGAGUCUUAGCGGGCCCCAAGUGAGGGAAAUAGCGUUCGGGCUUGAACGGGCGGGGUUUCGAUUCAUAUGGGCAUUGCGUGACCCGCCCAAGUCCCAACUAGACCUCCCGAGCGACCCGGCGAGCGUGGACGACGUAUUACCAAAUGGGUUCUUGGAACGGACUUGUAAGUUGGGCUUGGUUUUUGGGCUGGUCCCACAAGCGAAGAUUUUGGCCCACCCAGCAAUCGGAGGGUUCGUAUCGCAUUGCGGUUGGAACUCGAUCUUGGAGAGCUUAUGGUACGGUGUACCGAUUGCCACGUGGCCGAUUUACGCAGAACAACAAAUGAACGCCUUUGAGAUGGUGAAGGAAUUGGGAUUGGCAAUUGAGAUUAGGUUGGAUUACAGGGAGGGUAGUGAUUUGGUGCUGGCGGAGGAGGUGGAGAGGAGCAUAAAGCACUUGAUGAACGGUGGUGAUGUGGUGAGGGCUAGGGUGAAGGAGAUGAGAGAGAAGAGUAGGAUGGUUUUGUUGGAGAAUGGAUCUUCAUACCAAGCGUUAGGAGCUUUAACUGAGAAAUUAGUGCCUAAGAUAUGA